AUGAAAGAGCUGAACGAUAAAGUGAUAUUAGCCAAUUUCAGACGUCAACAAAAACCCUCGUUUUCCACUCGAGAAAUUCGCGAGCAACAUCAACGAAUGCAACAGAAAUAUCGUGAAGAUACGAAACGAGAGCGACGAUUCACGGAUCCAGUCGACUUUGAAGGAAUCCUUAACAUCAUCGGCGGAUGUUCAUGGUGGCAGAUUUGGAUCUACGUCCUGAUUGCAAUGCAACAAAUUCCCCAUGCGAUGUUCAAUUUGAAUGUCGUUUAUAUGAUGUACGAUCCGGAACACUGGUGUCAGGUUCCUGGAUUUGACGAUCCGAACGAUACGACCAUCUAUGAAUGGGGACUGCAAGACGUGCAGAACAUCUCGUUCGUCUUUCCAAAUGAAAACGGUAGAUCAGGAGCUUAUACACGUGACUCAUGCCAUUAUUAUGCUCGACCAGUGGAGAGGUAUAAAGAGUUGCGAAAAAUGCCGUUAAUGGAAGCUGUACAGAGCGCAUGGAAAGACAGUGCAAAGAAAGAGAAAUGCGAGAAAUACCACUACAAAACCGACGUGAUGCACGAGACCAUCGUAACGGACUGGAAUUUGGUGUGUGAUGAUUACUUUAUGAAAGGACAUGCACACUUGUUCUACUCGUUCGGGUAUCUGGUCGGUUGUAUUGUGGGUGGAAUGGCCAGUGACAACUUCGGUCGUAAACCUACGGUAAUUGGAUUUGGAAUACUGUCGUCCAUGUUUGGUGUUUUCCUACCGUACACCACCUAUUAUCCGAUGUUCCUGUUCAUCCGAUUCUGUAGUGCUAUCUGUAACGAAGCAGCUGAUCUUGCCGCCUACACGCUCUGUAUGGAGAUUACGGGUACAAGAUAUCGAGCGAUGGUUGGCAGUAUGCUACAAGUACCAUGGGCAAUGGGUUACGCCCUUCUGGCACUUAUAGCCUACCUUGCAAAAAGUUGGAAAACCGUACAGGUGAUCGCUGCUGGUUUACAUUUUGGCGCAGUACUUCUGAUCUGUUCACUACCAGAAUCGCCACGAUGGUUGAUGGUUAAGGAACGAGUGAACGAAGCCGAGGAAGUGAUUCGGAAGGCUUGUCGGACGCCACCGUUUCCUUUCAACCUUUGCCGAAUCAACAAAGGCUCACUACCAUCCGAUCUCGAGUUGGUGUGUCAUCGGGAGAAACGGCUGAAUACAAAGGGCAAGGUUGGCAUGUUGGAUCUAUUCAAAACACCAGAACUACGCUUUCGAACCAUCACCAUUUGCAUUGUGUUCAUGGCGACAGCCCUUGUUUAUUAUGGUUUAGUCAUUGCACUGUCCGAUCAAUCAGCACCCGGCCGAGUUCUAUUCACGGGUAACUUUUUCUUGAACAACGCCGUCGCAGGUGCUAUUGAAAUACCGACGCUCUUCUGUUGUGUAUGGUUGAUGAAGUUCGGACGAAAGAAGGCUCAGAUGUUGACGCCUAGGUGCUCGUGGGAAUGCCUCAUCAUUGUGGCGAUGGUCGCGGUGAUCAGUGAGAAUUUUUAUGUUCGCGCUCUCAUUUAUGAUGAUCGGGAAGAUUUGGUGCCUUCAAUAUUCUUGUACAUCUUCACUUCGACUUUUAUCCGCUAUCAUACGCAUUCAGCCGUAGGAAUGACAUCCAUGGUGGCUCGAUUUGGUUCCGGUGUAUCAUCAUACAUUGCGUUGUUGUCGAUUAAUUCGUUACCAAUAACACCGAUGAUCAUCUUCGCGAUUUUCUCGUUGUUCGCCGGCAUGCUCGUCAGUGUACUUCCGGAGACUAGUGAGAAACCGCUGCCAGAAACGCUAGACGAUGCUGUAACCUUCCUUCGAACAGAGCAAAAAGCCUGUUACGGGUGGGGAUUGUCUGGAUUGGAUACUCGUAGCAUUUCUCUGCACGAACAAUCAGUAACAGCUGUCGACGAUAAUGCCACAAUCAUUCCAGAGAAAGAAGAGAAUCCUGUGGAAAGCGUUCAAGGGUUGGUUUCUAAUUUGAUCUAUUGA